UGGCGUCUGUUCGACGAGGCACAGGUACAGUAGCUUGCAGGUAAUAGUUGUAUUACGUUUGCGUCCUAUUGGAGGCAGUAAUGCACUAACGCGCCUUGAAGACAGAGCGAAGAAGAAGAAGAAAGACGGCCGCAGCACAGUAGGCUGUUGCUGCACGGUGGUGGAGAUGUUUACCAUGGAUAAGUCUGUGUAGCUAAUGUUGCCGUCUCACUGACCUCCCCUGUCUCCAGCCUUACGUUCCUGCCCAGGACAGGAACAGUGCAGCCUGAAUCGGGUACAUUGAAUUUGAAGUUUCUCCAUCUCCAUCCUUUGUCCAAUCAUGGUGGACUACUACCAGGUGUUAGGAGUGAGAAGAGAUGCUUCGGCAGAUGACAUAAAGAAAGCAUACAGAAAACUGGCGCUCAGAUGGCAUCCUGAUAAAAACCCAGAGAACAAAGAGGAAGCCGAGAAGAAGUUCAAGGAGCUGUCGGAGGCCUAUGAAGUACUCUCUGAUGCCAACAAGAGGACCAUAUACGAUCAAUAUGGCAAAGAGGGACUGACUGGGAGCAACCGAGGAAGAGAAGGCCGGUAUUACAAUGGAGAUCAUUUCCACGAACACUUCACAUUCCGCAACCCUGAGGACGUCUUCCGGGAAUUCUUCGGUGGCAGUGACCCAUUUGCACAUUUUUUUGGUCCAGAUCCUUUUAGUGAAGAUCCCUUUUUCAGCAGCGGUCAGCAGCAUCAAAGUUGUGCGACUCGCUGUCGAACAGGCAACUCGUUUUUCAGAGGUUUUGUUGGUUUUCCCCCAUUUGGAGCUGGCUUCUCUCCAUUUGACCCAGGCUUUGGGACCUUUGGCUCCAUGAACAGCAUGGGUCACAUGACAACAAUGGGCAGUCUCGGAGGUGGAGGCUUCACCUCUUUUUCUUCUUCCUCCUUUGGUGGUGGAGGAGGGGGGGGGGGAGGGGGGGGCGGAGGAGGAGGAGGAGGGAUGGGCAACUUCCGCUCCGUGUCUACCUCUACUAAGAUCGUCAAUGGCAGGAAAAUAACCACUAAAAAAAUUGUGGAGAAUGGGCAAGAGAGGGUGGAGGUAGAGGAGGAUGGACAGCUGCGGUCACUAACCAUCAACGGAAAGGAACAACUCCUACGACUGAAACACAAGUAAUGGACGCCACGCCCUCUGCUGUGCUGGCGACACCCAUCACUGACACAACAACAACAACAACACACUUGAGCU